UGCAAUCAUUCUUCCUCCAUACCACUUUCUCCUCCUCCUCCUCCUCCUCCUCUUCCUCCUCCUCCUCCUCCUCAAGGGCGGUUAGUAUAGCUCAGACUCCCUUCCUGUUGUCCUAACCAGUCUCGUCUCAGGUGUGGAGGCUUUGAAGGACACCAGGGAAAUUCUCUCACGUGAUUGGAGAGAAAAAAAAAUAAUUGGAGGAAAUAAAAUUUGAGGAAAAAAACUACGGAUCUGAGAGCAAGGAGGAAAGAUUGUGGCGUCAGCUUCUCCUCCUCCUCCUCCUCCUCCUUCUUCCUCUUUCUGCUGGUGAGAAAGCAGGGAGGAUGGUUUUGGAAGGCUCAACGAAGGUCCGGGAAGACGAAGGGGAGGCUCAACCAGAAUGUCCAGAACCGAAGAAAACGGGAUAUGGACGCCAAGAAGAAAGGGAAAGUAGCCCCUUCACGUGUCCCUUUGUGAAGAAAACGAGGUGUGUGGAGCAGAACGAAGGGGAAACUCAAGAGGAAUGUCCAGAAGCAAAGAAAAUGGGAUAUGGACGCAAAGGAGAAUGGGAAACUAGGUUAAGUAAUGAGGGAUGUCCUUUUAGCUCUCCCAUAUCGAAGAAAACGGGGGAUAGUGACCAGCAUGAAAGGGAGACUACGGUAGACUGCCCAGAAGCAAAGAAAACGGGGUAUGGCCACCAGGAAGCAUGGGAAACUAACCUAAACCACCCUAAUAUUGAGUCCAGUAAUAUGGGACGCCCUUAUGCCUGCCCAGCUGUCCUAAUACCAUCAAUGGGCCCCACAGGACAUCUCACAGCCCCUUCCCCCCGUCUGGCUGAACUCCUAGAGGGGGCGGAGAUCCCUGGGGACAGCGGGCAUCCUCCUGACCCACCGGAAUGGCUGGAUCGUGACCUGUUCAACGAGGGAAGGAAGUUUUACCGCAAAUAUCUUUUCUGUUUGACCUUUUCCGAACUGCUGUCGCUGCUGUUGGUGCUGUCUCAAACUCAGACUUUGAAACCACUGAUACAUACUGGAAGAUCGGACUCCCCUACCAAAGCCCGGAGGAGGUAUCUGUCAACCCUGUUCCAUCUGAUGUCCUGGUUUGAAGGGGAUGUCUGGGAUACCUCGAGUCCAUCCCACGCUGAUCUUAUGUCCAUUCGCAACACACAUACGCGGCUGGGACAUCUCUUCAACCAGUCUGGGGAGUAUGAGAAGGUUCUGAACGCAUCGGUGCAGGCUCGGGGGCAUCGGAGAGGCCCUGAUUCCAUCCUGCCGGGGCUGAAGAAGGAUUUGCGUGCGGCGGGCGUGAAGGAGUGGAUGAAGAAGGAGGGGAAGGAGGAGAAGGAGAUCCCAGUUGUAGUUACGCACGGGAAAGAGGAGAUGAAGAAGGAAGAUAUCUCAAUUUUCCCCGAAGAAGAGAAGAAAGAAGAAAAGGAGGAGAGGAAAACAAGGAAGAACAGAGACUUCGCUACCGAGGACGAGAAGAAGAAGGAAGAGGAAGGAAUCAAAGUGAAGAAGAACCAGGAAAAGAAGAUAAAGAAGACAGGGAAACAGGAAACAGAGGAAGAAAUGGAAGACGAAGCAAGGAACAAGAAGAACAGGACUCACACCCACACCACAGAACCAAACAACAACACGACCACAAACAACAACAACAACGACCCCUUCCCAGUCUUCAUCAGCCAACUGGACAUGAGUCUGACGCAAUACUCGUUCAUGGGACUCAUCCUAGCCCACCCAGAGAAGUUGGGGGCUGCGGGGGCUACCAGACGAGAGCUAGAGGGUCUCAUCCACUUCUGGCGGGGUCUGGGAUGGCUUCUGGGUAUCGAGGACCGGUACAACUUCUGUGCAGGCGAUCUUGAAACCACUAGAGCGCUUUGCCUUGAGGUAGAACGCGACAUCCUCCUCCCACGCCUCUCGGAUUCAAACUGGGAUUACGAGCACAUGGUCAGAUCUCUUAUGGACGGGAUGGGACAGUUCCUACCCAUGUUGUCCCUUCCAUCCAUGCUUAGAUACCUUACCCAUACCCUGGACGUGCCCACCCCUGCCCUAGCGUCCUCCUUCACCUGGGAAAACACCUUCCGUUACUGGUUAAUGAGAGUUACCUUCGGGGUCAUACACUAUACGCCGAGUUGUUUACGGAGACUCAAUAUGUGGUUUUUGAGAGUGAUUGGGAGAGUGAAGGAGGAGGAUAAGGUGAAUUUGGCAGCUUAUAGAAAGGCGCAGUCGGCCCUAACGGCUCCUAUUGGCGGUAGAAGAAAGUAAUGGUGGAUAUGCGCAUGGCCCCAGUGCUCAAAUCCGAUACAUUGGUGUUUGGAAAUGCCUUUGGGAAUGAAGUGAAAGAAUCAAUGUUUUUUUCUGAUUUUUUUCUGUUUUUUAUGUUAAUGAAGAAAGUAAUGGUGGAAAUGCGCAUGGCCCCAGUGCUCAAAUCCGAUACAUUGGUGUUUGGAAAUGCCUUUGGGAAUUGUGAAGAGUGAGAAUUGAUGGUUUUUUUUUUUGUUUGUUUGUUUUUACUGUUUUUUUAUGUUUAUGAAGAAGGUAAUGGUGGAAAUGCGCAUGGCCCCAGUGCUCAAAUCUGUUACAUUGGUGUUUGGAAAUGUUUUUAGGAAUGAUGAAGUGUAAGAAUUAAUAUUUUUUUUCUUGUUUUUUUUCUGUUAUUUAUGUUUAUGAAGAAAGUAAUGGUGGAAAUGCGCAUGGCCCCAGUGCUCAAAUCCGAUACAUUGCAGUUUGGAAAUUUAAGAAUGGUGAAGAGUAAGAAUCAAUGUUUUUUUCUUGUGUUUUUCUGUUAUUUAUGUUUAUGAAGAAAGUAAUGGUGGAAAUGCGCAUGGCCCCAGUGCUCAAAUCGGAUACAUUGCUGUUUGGAAAUGGUUUUAGGAAUGGUGAAGAGUAAGAAUCAAUGUUUUUUUUUUUAUUAUAUAUGUCUGUUUGUACUUAUUUAUAUAUUUAAGCAAAGCGAGGAAUUUAUAUCAAUCCUUAGUCUAGUCAGUGUGUGUGUGUGUGUGUGUGUGUGUGUGUGUGUGUGUGUGUGUGUGUGUGUGUACAUACUGGACUUUAUGAUCAAAAUACAUGUACUUAUUCAUUCAUAA